AUGGCUACUUCGCUCAUCUCCAAGAGACUGCGCUCCUCCGAGGCUGACCCGGAGGCCGAACCUAGUUGGAUUCGUCGUCAGGUCACCUCUGGUCUGCAAUGCAUCUCUCGUCGCGCCUGUGUUCACCCCAUUCACACCAUUGUGGUGAUUGCGCUCCUUGCCAGCACUACUUACGUUGGUCUACUUGAGGGCAGCCUGUUCGACACCGCGCGGAACCCUCGUAACGUUGCUGGUCAGGUGGAUACCGAAACACUUCUGCAGGGCAGCCGGAGCUUGCGCUUAGGAGAGUCCACCUCCUGGAAAUGGCAGGCCGAGGACACUUGGGCCGACUUGACGCAGGUCGAGACGCCCGCUGUCCACCACUUGGCUUUGACUACCUUCAUCUUCCCCGACUCCGCCCCCAACGUGCCUUUCGACCAGGUCUCUGAUCUGUUGAGAGCUGUGCAGGAGAUACCCAACCCGUCUGCGGAUGAGGAGGAAGAGGAGUCUAAGAAGUGGAUCAUGAGAGCUGCUCGUGGUGCCUCAAGCUCCCACACAGCUCUGAAGCUGUGGUUGAUGGAUGCUUGGAGCUCCUUUGUGGACCUCAUCAAGCACGCCGAGACCAUUGACAUUGUCAUCAUGGCUCUUGGUUACCUCUCGAUGCACCUGAGCUUUGUGUCGCUCUUCUUCUCCAUGCGUCGUCUUGGCUCCAACUUCUGGCUCGCCGCGACUGUGCUAUUCUCCGGGUCUUUCGCUUUCCUGUUUGGUCUUCUCGUGACUACUAAGCUUGUGACCAUCGGAUUUGAGAAGCCGAUCAUGUUCACUCGCGCCGUUUUGAGUGCUUCGGUGGACAAACGUCGUCCUCGUGCUGGUGCUGCUCCUCGGCCGCUGGCUUCGAGCACUUCUGGUUCCAUUCAAGAUUCCAUUGCCACUGCGAUCAAAAAGCAGGGCUUCGAGAUUGUCCAGCACUACUGCAUUGAGAUUGGUCUGCUUGCUAUGGGUGCUGCCUCUGGCGUCCAGGGUGGUCUUCAGCAAUUUUGCUUCCUCGCAGCCUGGAUUCUGUUUUUCGACUGUGUGCUGCUCUUCACUUUCUACACUACUAUUCUCUGCAUUAAGCUUGAGAUUACUCGCAUUCGUCGCCACGUUGCCCUGCGCAAGGCCCUGGAGGAGGAUGGCAUUACCCACAGCGUCGCUGAGAACGUUGCCUCCAGCAAUGACUGGCCAAACCUGGGCUCCGACAGCAGCGAGGGUGACACCAGCAUCUUCGGACGUAAGAUCAAGUCUAGCAGCGUGCGCCGUUUCAAGAUCCUCAUGGUUGGUGGUCUGAUCCUUAUCAACGUUGUGAAUCUGUCCGCCAUUCCUUUCCGCAACACUGGCAACGGUGUUUUGAUCUCGCGCCUGUCCAAUGUCAUGGCUCCUACUCCUAUUGAUCCCUUCAAAGUUGCCGAGAAUGGCCUGGAUGCUAUCUACGUUGCUGCCAAGAGCCAGAAGCAAGAGACCAUGGUUACUAUCAUCCCCCCAAUCAAGUAUAAGCUGGAAUAUCCCUCCAUUCACUAUGCUGCUGGUGAGACCCCCAGCUCCUUUGAUAUCGAAUACACCGAUCAGCUUCUUGAUGCUGUCGGUGGCAAGGUUCUGGAAAGUCUGCUCAAGAGCGUGGAGGAUCCCUUCAUCAGUAAGUGGAUCAUUGCCGCUCUGACACUUAGUAUCAUUCUCAAUGGCUAUCUUUUCAACGCUGCUCGCUGGAGUAUCAAGGAAUCCGAGGCUACUCUCGCUCCUUCAACGGAGCCGGUUGCGCCCAAGGUUUACCCCAAGUUUGAGCCCAAUGAGCAGGAGUCGAAUCGUACCAUGGAGGAAUGUGAGCUGAUGCUCAAGGAAAAGCGUGCUCCUCACUUGACUGAUGAGGAGUUGAUCGCCCUGUCACUCAAGGGCAAGCUCCCCGGAUAUGCUCUUGAGAAGACUAUGGAGGAUGAAAGCUUGAUGAGUCGAGUGGAUGCUUUCACUCGAGCUGUCAAGAUCCGCCGUGCCGUGAUCGCCCGUACGCCUGCCACGUCUCAUAUCACCAGCUCCCUGGAGGUGUCGAAGCUUCCCUUCAAGGACUACAACUACGGCCUGGUUCACGGUGCCUGCUGUGAGAAUGUCAUUGGUUAUCUUCCCCUCCCUCUUGGUGUUGCGGGCCCUAUCAAGAUCGACGGCCAAGACUACUUCAUCCCCAUGGCGACUACCGAAGGUGUGCUCGUGGCUAGUACCAGCCGUGGCUCCAAGGCCAUCAACGCUGGUGGUGGCGCAGUGACUGUUCUGACCGGCGACGGUAUGACUCGUGGACCUUGCGUAACCUUCCCUACCCUCGCUCGGGCUGCCGCCGCGAAGGUUUGGAUUGACUCCGAGGAAGGCCGCAGCAUCAUCACUGCCGCUUUCAACUCGACAAGUCGUUUUGCUCGUCUCCAAAGUUUGAAGACCGCUCUCGCUGGAACCUAUCUCUACAUCCGCUUUAAGACCACUACAGGUGACGCUAUGGGAAUGAACAUGAUUUCCAAGGGCUGCGAGAAGGCUCUGGACGUUAUGUCAAAGGAGUGUGGAUUCGAUGACAUGUCCAUCAUCUCGCUUUCUGGUAAUUUCUGUACCGACAAGAAGUCUGCUGCUAUCAACUGGACCGAUGGUCGUGGCAAGUCUGUCGUGGCUGAGGCCAUCAUCCCUGGCGAUGUCGUGAAGAGUGUCCUUAAGAGUGAUGUCAACGCCCUGGUGGAGCUGAACGUCAGCAAGAACUUGAUUGGAAGUGCCAUGGCUGGUAGCUUGGGUGGUUUCAACGCCCACGCCUCCAACAUUGUGUCUGCCAUCUUCUUGGCCACUGGCCAGGAUCCUGCCCAGAACGUGGAGAGUAGCAGUUGUAUCACAACUAUGAAGAACAACAACGGUGACCUCCAAAUUGCGGUGUCGAUGCCAUCUAUUGAAGUUGGUACCAUUGGCGGUGGUACCAUCCUCAAGGCCCAGGGUGCGAUGUUGGAUUUGCUUGGUGUCCGAGGCGCCCACCCCACCACCCCCGGUGAGAACGCCCGCCAGCUGUCCCGAAUUAUCGCAGCUUCCGUUCUCGCUGGUGAGCUCAGUCUCUGUGCUGCUCUCGCCGCUGGUCACCUUGUCCGAGCCCACAUGGCCCACAAUCGCAGUGCUGCCCCUACACGGUCAUCGACCCCUGUGUCUGCUGCUGUUGGUGCCGCCCGGGCCUCUCUAUGA